GUGAACUUUACUUAUUUGCUUUUUUCGUUUUCAGACCAUGGCAACAACGAUUAGUCACCAAAAACUCGCAGAACGCCUGUUCAUUCUCAAUGACCGUCAGCUGGGUGUGCUUACUCGACUUCACCACAUGAAGCAAAUUUUAAACACCUCAGAAUGUCGACCCGCAUUCAUGCCUGGAGGUGAUAAGACGUUCGAAUCGGCAUGGAAAUUUCUCCUGAAGCGAUUUCCCUCUAUUGAGAUCAAGAGUAGUCAGUCAAGUGUGCAGCCAUUUAUCACGCACCAGAAAGAAUUGGCGGGUAUCCUGUCCUCCUAUUAUUACAAUUUCGUUGAUGUCCUAGAAGUUCGAGACAAUGUGAGCGACACCCUUGGCCGUUUUGGGUGCGCACAUAUUCAGUUGGACAUCACCAUUAAUUCUGAUCUGACUAGACUGUACUUGGAAUUAAUCAGCAACUACUUUGCUAUGAUGUUUUUAAUCACUCGGAUUGCAGACACGAAAGCCAUCUUGGCUCUCUUCAAUUUUAUCUACGAUCAGCUAAAUGGAAAACCCGAGCCAAACUUCCCUCGAAUGGCUGAACUAUUCACUGAGACACCAGAGUCAAUGUUAAAGCUGUUACAUGCUGAUGUCAACCCUCAUUCCCGCACUCUCAUGAGGGCAUUGAAUUCACUGAGUGAUUUCUUCGUCCGACGUACUGUUCGUGCUCAGAAUUGGAGUGAUGGACAUUUUUUGAACAUCUUGCACGAGCCAAGCAAAAUUGGGCACACGGUUCUUGGGGAUCAGUUGGCUUGCGAACUCAUUCCAUACGAGAUGAUGGAACGCUGGGUCAUAUUCGGCUACUUACUUAUCUACAAAGACCUUAGCGAUGAGGAUGCUUUCAGUCGAUUCAAGACUGCUCUUAGGCAGACAUACGUGGUUGUGUUGUUCCGGGAUGAGGUUAUCUACAUUCAUUCUUUGAUACAGUCCUUUUUGGAGUCCGUCUGGACUAAUAAAGUGGCUGUUAAGCGAAUCAAUGAAAUCAAAGAAACCCUGUCCAUUGCCUGUUCGCAAACACUCGAGGUCCAUGCAGAUCGCCGGAACUAUUUGCGUUCCGCUUUGCGCCAGUUGCAUCUGCUGCUGGCCGAUGAACCUGGAUUACUUGGCCCCAAAGCCUUCCUGGUCUUUUGGGGUCUGUCGUAUUCAACAGAUGAAGUUCAUUGGUUGCUCAGACAUAUUGCACAUCCACCCCCGAAGAAAUCUAGCGGCGGAGGCACUUCCCGGGUAAAUCCAGUGGAGGAGUAUAGCGAUCCGUUUUUGCCUGAACUACUGUUUUACAUGGAAGAGUUACGAAUGCUUGUUAUUCGAUACACUUCGGUGAUUCAACGUUUUUAUCUUCAACUUCUGGCUUGCUAUGAUGCUCCCGGUCUUGUUGAAUACGCCCGAGAGGCGAUGCCCCGAUUAUCUAAUGAAGAGGGUGUCAUCGUGUCUAGCAUAACGAAACAGCUGUCCAAUUUAUCGGAGCACGAAGUGUUGCAAAAUGCCAACCAAUACUCUGGCGACCAGUUCGCACUGUUUGACUUUUCUGCCAUACGACUGGAUUGGUUACGUCUUCAGGCCAGUUUGUCCAGCAAAGAUGCAUCAAUUAAUUUGGCUGACCAUCGCCGUCUGGUCGAACACUUUCAUUCCACAAUUUUCCACACAAAACUCGUGGACUAUUUGGAUGAACUGUUGCGUCUAGUCUCCGAUCUGUCCAUCUUCAGCUUUUAUCCUGUUCCAUUCUCCGAGCUGUUCGCACGUUGCAUUCAAUUCCCUGCUCAGCUGAGAUUCACAAUAGUUUUUCCCAGCUUGUGCUGUCAUACCAUUCAAGCAUGUCAUGACCUUUGCCCGGAGGAGCGGCUAUUUUUGGGUCCCAGCUCUGUCCGUCGGGCUCAGCAUUUCUGUCAAGAGAUAGCAGACCGUGUAUGCGCAAAUCUGCUAGCCCGUGUUGAUGAAUUCGGUCUGUUGGCCGACCAAUUGGCCCCACAAAAUGCUGUAUCUUUGCUACCUGAUCAAAAACAGUUGAAACGCAAGGGAAAGAAAAGUGUUGGUGGUGCUGGCCGGACGAAUCUCAACAAUGGUUCAACAUCCGACUUAACUAAGACGAAAGCCGAUCCAAAAGGACUCCCCACAAUCAGUGGGAAGGCUGGUUCAAGCGCGUCUGACAAUGAGCCACGUUUUCUUCCCGGGGUGGAAAGUUUUCGGCGCAACCGUGAAGAACAAACGGCAAAUGACCGCACACUUUUUGGACUAAGCCAGCUGUGCCAGGCAGUGAAUCACCACCGAGAGUUGGUCGUCUACGACCAGGUGGUGAACCCACGUGAGGUGUUACAGAAUGAAGUCCAAGACAGACUUAUCCAGGUGCUCGCGAGCUAUACAGAACCCACAUCUGUAAGUGAUCAGUUGGGAGAGCAGUUGAUAACAAAGCCAUCGGAAUUGUUGCGCCGUGUGCGAGCCUUAAUGGAUGUGCUGGUGGACAUGGAACACCAUGUCUGCAUUGACGUGAUUGGGAUUUUUUCCGUCGUCUUCACCCAACACACCCAACCACGCGACGCAUUUAGGGGACAACCUACCAUGACCGCUCACUAUACCAAAUGGUACCUUGGUAGUUUCCUCAAACAUGCCUAUAUGGACCACUUUGUCUACUCUCCUUUGCUGAAAAGCUUCGUUACCCUGGUCUCACCGGAAGUGGUCCGUUUCCGUGCGGAGGACUAUGCUGAUCUGAAUGAGCUGCGUGCUUUAGCUGAAUUGAUCGGCCCUUUGGGUAUCAAGUACAUGUGCGACCAACUCAUACAGGACGUCGGAAAUCGAGUGGACGAGAUCAAAAAGCUGGUUCUGCAGAAUCGUUCAACUUUGGAAACCCUACGCGAAUGUUUCGACGACCCGCUGAAAACCAAGCAGUUGGGAAAUAGUUUACAAAAUAGUGAUGCACUUCUCACUCUUCUCAAAGAAAUCGGGAUUGCGUUAGCGUUCCGUCGACUGUGUUCCGAAGCACUGAAUGAUGUACUUCAAGACGAGCGAAAUCGGGAACUGGUAGAAUGUGGUACUCGGAAGGAUAUAAAGGUCGUUACGAUACGUGAGCGACGAACGCCAUUCUUGCUAUCGACUGUGCAAAAUCUGCGAAACUACGUAACUCGGCAAUCUGGUGGUCAACUUAUUCCUCAGUCUCCGGGGCCGGUUUCGGCGACUGCGCCCAGGGAUGAAAUGGAAACUAUCUACGCUCGCCUGAAUUCGCAACUUGUUCUGAUAAAUCUUUCUUCUAGUAUGGGUGUUCUUUCCGAUCUGGAUUAUAGUCUGUGCGCUCUACUGAAUAGCCGUCGCCAGGCUAUGCUACUUACUGCCAGCCAAGCUGCGGCAGCAGGAGGCGGUGCCAGUCCAGCCGUCAUGUACCCGGAUUUGGACUACCAUAUAGCAUGUCUUUUCAUCGUGUUCGUGGCUAAUGCCCUACCGAGGCUAGCCAGGCAGGAGAAUAGCUUGUAUCAUCUGGACUUGGAGGCGAAUGAGAACAAUUGUCACUGCAUUGCUUACUCUGUAAAUGCGUUGAUGGUUGCCAUGUUUUCCUUACUCCGACCCGGUGACUUGGAAGCUCGGUCCAAGGAAUUUCUAGCUUUGGUGUCAUCUAAUCUGUUACGACUCGGACUAGAGACGUCCUCCUCAGUCCUAGCUGGUGAUGUCUGUGGCAAUUCCUUGCCCACAUCGACCUCCAGUUCGAACAGUCCAGCCGUGCUCCCAGCUAAACACAGGGACUCUAUCUACAUCUUGUUUGAUAAUCUUGUCCGUCAGUCUCCCUGCCUCUCCCACAGUCUACAGGAGGCUUGCUUCCCAUACUCACUGAUCCGGAGCGCUUAUCACAACGUAGCAAAACUGACCGAAUCCGCAGUUGCUGUGGCCGUGAGACCCAAUGUUAUGUCUUCUUCCGCUCAUUUGGAAUCGAAAUCACGUGAAUAAAUCGUGAAACCCUUGCUACAUUAGGUCUAAAGUAUUACUUGCCAUUUUCUCUUUGUUCAUCCCAUUCGAUAGUUGACUUACACAUGCUUUGCCACUCGAUAGAACAUGUACUUAUGUUUUACUUUCGCUUCAUUUGUCUUCCGUGCAUUUCAUCCAUUCGCGACUAUUAUGUCUUCUUUCAUGAUUAUCAUGCGUUUUUUCGUGUACCAUCCAACAGCCA